GUCAGAGACUGCCUACAGUAGCUUCUACAGUCCAGACGUGAAAUAAGCAGCAAAGCAGUGAUGGCGUCGUCUCUCUCUUCACUGGAGGAGGAUCUCAAGUGCGUGUUGUGCCAAAACGUCUAUAAAACACCUGUAAUGCUACUUUGCACUCACAGUUUCUGCAAGUCCUGCCUGGAGACCAGCUGGGCUGAGCGGGAAACUAAAGAGUGCCCGGUCUGCAAGAAGAGGUCUUCCAUCGAGAACCCACCAGUCAACCGAGCGCUGAAGAGCGCCUGUGACUCCUUUAUUCAGGAGAAGAGUCGCAGGGUUUCGGAGGAAGAACGAGGUCUGCUCUGUCCUCAGCACUUGCUGAACAUGCAGCUGUUCUGCCUGCAUGACGAGCAGCUGGUGUGUGCUGAGUGUGUGACCCAACAGCACAACAACCACAACUUCUGCUCCAUCGGCAAAGCCGCCAACGAGCGCAGGGAGGAGCUCAGAGGCCCCCUUCAGGAGCUACAAGCCAACCAUGCAGCGGUUUCUUCAGAAAAGCUCACCUGUCUCUCCGUCUCUCAGGAGAUCCAGUCUCAGUUCCUCCACACUCAAAUGCAGAUGAAGAAGGAGUUUGAGAAGCUUCACAAGUUCCUCCACGAGGAAGAGGAGGCCCGGAUCUCUGCACUGAAGAAAGAAAUGGAGAGAAAGAGUCAGAAGAUGAAGGAGCAAAUGGAGCAGAUGGAUGAGACCUUAGCUUCUCUUUCCAAAAGGAUCAAACUGAUUGAGGAAUAUAUGAAUGUGAGAGACAGUCUCUUUUUAAAGAACCUUAAAGAUGCAGAAGAGAGUGCUGAGUACACAGUGCCGGAUCCAGAGCUGGAUUCAGGAGCUCUGAUUGAUGUGGCCAAACACCUGGGGAACCUGAGAUACAGAGUUUGGGAGAAGAUGAAGGACAUCUGCCCUUACUACCCUGUGAUUCUGGAUCCAAACUCUGCCCACAGCAGUCUUCACCUGUCAGUGGACCUGAUCAAAGUGAACUGCAGGGAUACGAAACAGAACCUUCCAAACAACCCAGAGAGGUUCAUGAUGCACCCGGUCAUCCUGGGCUCUCAGGGUUUCAGCUCUGGAACCCACAGCUGGGUAGUGGACGUUGGGGAAAGUGACAACUGGACCAUAGGGGUGGUGAAAGAGUCCAUCAAAAGAAAAGAUGAGAUCUCAGUGAGCCCUCAGGAUGGGUUCUGGACCAUAAGUCGAGAAGAUGGAAAGUUCUCAUUCAGCACAGGGUACUAUGGAGCUCAGAGGGUGCAGAGAGUCAGGGUACAGGUGGACUAUCACAGGGGCCAGGUGAUAUUCACCAACUCUGAAUCCAACACACAAUUACAGGCCUAUUCACACUCAGGAGAGAAAAUGUACCCAUAUUUUUCUACACUCAGUGAGCUCCCACUGAAAAUUCUACCGGUCAAGAUUUCAUGGGCAGCUUGUUAAAUUGAUCUUGCCACUUCAAAGUCAAGUUAAUGGUAAAAAAUGAAAAAUGUGUGUGAAUUAUAACGUUUAUGUAGGAAAGGAAGCGUGGUGACUAAUGAAAUGAUUGGUAUAUGACUAGUUAUAAUCACUGUGUGAUUAUGGGUCGGGGAUAGGCUCUUGCCUCAAGUGGAGGAGUUCAAGUAUCUCGGGGUCUUGUUCACGAGUGAUGGUACAAGGGAGCGGGAGAUUGACAGGCGGAUUGGUGAUUGGUCAGCAGUGA